GUGUAGAUCGUUACAGUGUGUCAGUGUCUGCAGACAGUGUGUAGAGUGUUACAGUGUGUCAGUGACAGUUGACAGUGUGUAGAGCGUUACAGUGUGUCAGUGUCUGCAGACAGUGUGUAGAGUGUUACAGUGUGUCAGUGUCUGCAGACAGUGUGUAGAGUGUCACAGUGUGUCAGUGACAGUGUACAGUGUGUAGAGUGUUACAGUGUGUCAGUGACAGUGUGUAGAGUGUUACAGUGUGUCAGUGUUUGCAGACAGUGUGUAGAGUGUUACAGUGUGUCAGUGUCUGCAGACAGUGUGUGGAGAUGUUGCUUCUCCCCAAGGAAGACUUGGAGAAUUUAAUUCUGAUUGGACAAGGAGGUUUUGGGAUGGUGUACAAAGGAUGGAGCAAAACACUGAGAAUGGAGGUUGCGCUGAAAAUGAUUCAUGGCUCAGAUCUUAAAACCCUGAUAAAAGCAUUGUCAAAGGAAAGCAUGGUGAUGCAAAAAGCAAGCAACCCCUAUGUCCUGCGUCUCCUGGGCGUUUACAAGAAGGUCGAGGGGAUCAUGGUGCAGAAUGGUCUUGUUAUGGAGUACAUGCCACACGGUUCCCUCCACACUUUGGUUAACGAUAUCGAAUCGGUUCCCUGGUCUUUGAAGUUUCGGAUUUUCCACCAGGUGGUUCUGGGAAUGAAUUAUCUUCACAGCCUCGAUCCUCCGAUAAUUCAUCGCGACCUGAAACCUGGCAACGUUCUACUGAAUAAGUACUUGGAUGUUCAGAUCACUGAUUUUGGAUUGUCUAAAAUCCAAGGAGCCACGUCUUCUGCUAAUCCGAGUAUUGUGGGAACCUUAGCAUAUAUUCCUCCAGAAGCAUUUAUCAACAUUAACUACAAUCCCACCGAAUCCUACGAUGUCUACAGCUUCGGAAUCUUGAUGUGGUCGGUGAUCUCCGGAAAAGAACCCUUCUCAGGUGCACCUAUAAACCUGAUCCCAUUCCUUAUACCGAACGGCCAUAGGCCGGAUAUGAGUGAACUGGACAGGUGGUCUGAUGAGAAGAUGGUUCCAAAGGCCAUGGAUCUGAUGGUUUCGUGUUGGAACAAACAGGCUGAGGACAGGCCGAGCUUUCACGAAUGCAGCGAAUUGACAGCCAGCAUGUUCGAGGCAUACGAAAGCCAAAUCGACGAAGAUGUUCAAAUCCUCCUUAAAAAGAUUGGUGCUCAGAUUCCAGAAGAGAAUGACGAGACUGGAGCCAUCAGCUGCUCUACAGAUGAUGACGAUUUUGAAAGAUUAAACAACAUAAGAAAAAAUUUCCUGGAAGAUAUGGGUGAGGCUGACCAACUGACAUUUGAAAAGCAAGACGUUGCUGUAACUACUACAGAAAUAGCGGCUGAUACCCCUACAGAAGAUUCAGGUAAAUUAGAAGGCCCGCUUAAAAACCUCACAGAAACCAUUAAAAAUUCUGGAGAAUAUAAGAAGAUAGUGGAGACACUUUCCAAAGAUAAAAUAUUGUCCAGCGUUGAGAAGGCAAAGCUCGACAGUUCCGAUUCAUUGAAAGAUAUCGGACGGACUGCUGAGAAAGCCGUAUUAGAAACCAUUCGGAAAGAUCCCGGGAAGCUUAUAUCAUCCAUCGUAAAAUUAUGGAAGUGAAGUUUGGAAUGUGGACUGCAAUGGUAUCUGACCAACAAAGCAAGGAAAAGGCAGGAACUUCUUUCGAAGUCACAGCCACCAUUUUUGGAUUAAACAGAGGCUGGAUGUGGACAAAGCUGUAGUGGAGUGCUAGUCAUAGCAGGGACUCUCCUCCGCUGGUUACUCCAAGAUGUGCUCAGGAACAAAUAAAAUACUCCAAGGGAACAGCCAAAUACAGCAAAGUAAUCCAAGAACCUCCCAACACCUCCCCAGCAACUGGACAACACUCAGCUCUGGGGAUAUUACUGAUUUUAAUGGAGCCACGGCUGGCCUUUUAUGAGAAUCCCCAUGCAAGGGGUUUCCAGAUACAUAUUCCAGGGGCAUUGGACCUGAGAGCAGACUGAAGCAAAGUACACAACAUAAUGACAUGAACUGUCAGGUCCAGGACAUGUACAAUCUUUAUCACCCUAAAUUAUACAUUUCCCCACAAGGUACCCCCUCAAGUCUUAUAUCCCCAAAUAGCCUGGUCUGAGCGCCCAAAAUAGCUGAAAAGCACCCAGAUCCCACAACUUUUCAGUUUAAUUAUGUGAUAAAUUAUAUUAUUUCUCUGAAUGGGGUCUGGCAAGCCUAAGGAAAAAUAAUAUAAACUAUUUUCUCAUUGCUUGAAAAUAAAUGUCAUUAUUGAA